AUGUCAAGUGGUGGCGGCGGAAGCGGGAACGCGGCGCAGCCUAGAGGUCGCCCUCACCCCCUCGCCCCGCCGCCGGUCCCUUUGGGUGCAGCGCCCCGCCUGGGCCCGAGCGGCCGGACUCGAGUCCCGGAGCGCGGUGUCCGCGGGCCCGGCCGCCCGCCCCGCCCCGCAGCCCCGGGCGCCCCCCGCGCGCCGCCGGCGGCCGCCAGCACGGCGCGGAGGUCGGCCCGCGGCGGCGGCGCGCGAGAGGUCACCGCGGUGGCAUUCCUCCCCGCGCGCUGUUUACGCGACUUAAUGUACUUCGUGCGCCGCGGGGAGGCGAGGGCCGCGAUAAGGGGGAGGGUCGCGCUUCCGGGGAAACGGAAAAAUCAGAUCAUCAGAGAGAAAGGGAUCAUUUCUACACCCAAGAAGCUGAAAGAGAUGCAGCAAGUUCCAAAGCCCAAAACCGUGGGCUUUCCCUGGAUUUGGCUGGUAUUAACCGUGGUGAACCCCACCGUGUUCUUUGACAUCGCCAUCGAUGGCGAGCCCAUGGGCCGCAUCUCCUUCGAGCUGUUUGCAGACAAAGUUCCAAAGACAGCAGACAACUUCCGUGCUCGGAGCACUGGGGAGAGAGGAUUUGGUUAUAAAGGUUCCUGCUUUCACAGAAUUAUUCCGGGAUUGAUGUGCCAGGGUGGUGACUUCACACGCCAUGAUGGCACAGGCAUCAAGUCCAUCCAUGGGGAGAAAUUUGAGGUCGAGAACUUCAUCCUGAAACAUACAGGCCCUGGCAUCCUGUCCAUGGCAAAUGCUGGGCCUACCACCAACGGCUCCCAGUUUUUCAUCUGCACCGCCAAGCCUGAGUGGCUGGCUGGCAAGCAUGUGGUCUUCGGGCAGGUGAAAGAAGGCAUGGAUAUUGUGACGGCCAUGGAGCGCUUUGGGUCCAGGAAUGGCAAGACCAGCAAGAAGAUCACCAUUGCUGACUGUGGACAACUCUAAUAAAUUUGACUUGUGUUUUAUCUUUACCACCAGACCAUUCCUUCUGUAGCUCAGGAGAGCACCCCUUCACCCCAAUUUGCUUGGAAUGUUCCAUAAUCUUUGUGCUCUUGCCAGUUUAUUGGGUUCCAUAAUUUCCUUACCCCUUCCCAGUCUAGCUGGAUUACAGAGUUAAGUUUAUGAUUAUGAAAUAAAAACUAAACAAUUGUCUGUCAAAAAAAUAAAAAUAAAAG